AUGUCUGCCCCCGAGAGCGAGACCAAGCCCGUCGAGGAGGUUGCCGCCCCUGCCGCUGAGGAGCAGAAGCCCGUCACCUCUUCGUCUGUUUUCUCCAUGUUUGGCGGCGGUGCCAAGAAGGAAAAGAAGGAGGAGGAGGACCGCGGUGACAACUCUGGCAGUGCCAAGGCCCAGCGCGAGGCUGCGGCUGCUGCUGCCGCCGAUGAGGACCAGGCCCCCGAGUCGGAGGAUGUCCAUUUCGAGCCAGUCAUCCGCCUGACCGAGAAGGUCGAGGUCAAGACCAACGAGGAGUCGGAGGAGCAGGUGUUCAAGAUGCGCGCCAAGCUGUUCAAGUAUGUUGCUGAGACCCGCGAGUGGAAGGAGCGCGGGACUGGCGAUGUCCGUCUGCUCAAGCACAAGGAGAAUGGCAAGACCCGGUUGAUCAUGCGUCGUGAUCAGACCCUCAAGGUUUGCGCCAACCACUACAUUGUGCCCGAGAUGAAGCUUUCCCCCAACGUUGGCUCUGACCGCAGCUGGGUGUGGAACGCCUCCGCCGAUGUCAGCGAGGGCGAGCCCGAGGCUGUCACUCUUGCCAUCCGCUUCGCCAACUCGGACAAUGCCAACCAGUUCAAGGAUGCCUUCAUCAAGGCCCAGAAGGAGAACGAGGCCCUGAGACUGGCUGCUGAGACCGCUGCCGAGAAGACUGAGAAGACCAAGGAGGAGACUAAGGAGGAGGCCAAGGAGGAGGCCAAGGAGGAGGAGAAGAAGGAGGAGACUGCCUAA